UUGUGGCAUAAUUUCUGGAAUUUUCCUGAGGGACUGGAGAAAACUAUGAAUGCCUCAAUAUCUGUUCUCUGACAAGGACCCCACCGCAGUCUCUAACCAUGUGGUUAUUUUAUUUUAAAUGUAAAUUGAUUACAUAGGUUUUUCACAUAUGUAUGCUUUGGAUAAGAAAUGAACAAUUUGGGUAGUUGCCUUCUACUGUUCAUGGUCAGUCCAGCGACCCCGCCGAUGGACUGGAUAUUAUGGAUUACCUACAGAGACGUUUCCUGUAAUGAGGUCUUCAGAAGUCUAUUUUAGCAAUGUUUAUGUAGAGGUGGGAAAUUUCAAAUAGCCUGUUUAAAGGUCAAUGUUUGGGAACUUAACAAUUUUAUAUAUUUUUGUUUAUAUGUAGGUGCUACUUUCACCAUUUAGAAAAUAAUUGCUUAAGUGGUCUGUAAUUGCGAUUCCUGGAUUAGAGUAUUACUUCGAAAAGAUGGAUCGGGGGGGCGUAAUGUUCGUAUUGCUGGGAUCAUUAUGUCACAGUAAUUGAAUUUCAAGAGGUCGUGCUUGAGGUAUGAACUAAGUUGGAUUUCAGGUUUUAAAAUUUGGCUUCCAACUAAAGUUACUCUUUACGAAAUUAUGUGUAAACGGAACGAACUAAUCCCAUGAAGUAACCAAGUACACUUGUCUGACACUGAUAUCUUAUAAUCUGUGCUAGGUAGGUUAUCUAUGCUCCUGGCAGUAGGUUGUGGUUAUGUUGGAGCAGAGGGUCAUUGUUCGAGAUGACCGAAGCUGAUAUUUAUAAUGUUUCUAAAAUUAAAUAUAUAAACCUGUUGGACGUAAUGGCCUGCACCUAUAAAAUGUGCACAAAAGUAACGUGUCUUUGGUUAUCACAAUGAGGAACAAACAAUUAUGGCCUGUAUAGUACUUAUGGCAUUUAUAGGUGACCGUGGCCAUGAACGUGCGGUUCAAGCUGAUUUCGAACCAAUGCAAAGACCAGAAAGAAAUUUCAUCAAAUUUGAAGUAUGAACUACAUGAAUACAAUCCAAAAUUUAUGUAGUUUUAUGGACUUACGUUGUUUAUCAACCCGCAAGUGAUCAGCUGAUGCCAAACCAGAUGAGUAGUGGUGUUUAACGUAAUGUUUUGGUAAAAGUAGAGACGUGAUUAUGGUGUAUCCUGUAAUUUUUUAUAUCAGUGUUCAUAUUUGUACUUUUGAUGUGCAUAAUAUUUUUUACUGGAAAUGCCUACUAAGCUGCAAGAUACGCUAACUACCUGUUCCUUCUUCCACCUAGAUUAAAAGUAGACCUGUUGCAUCUUUAUUAAACAAAACCAGUUAUGACUGUUUCAAUAUCCAAAUGAACUUUUGUUAUUUAUUUUAAUAUUGAAUAACAUUUCGAGAAUUUAACAGUAUUUUGUGUAUUUUUCUGACUACUUUUGGAUUAUCGCUGCUUUGGCCUGUAUGCUGCUAACAAAGGGAAAUUAUGAGGUUCUGCACGGCAUGAAAAGACCAAACCAGAACAUACUGGUACUUUCCAUAUUUCUUGCUAUCUGUAUUAUGGUGUUCAUUCACAUAUUCUUGUUUCCAUUGUAUGAUACAAUGCCAAAGAAGAAAGAAAUUAAAUUUCUGGGAGAUUUUGAACAGUCAUUAUGUACUACAAACUUAAAGCCAGCUAAAGUUCCUCUGUCCUGGAAGCAUCAUUGUCCAAAGGAUGGAAUAGUAACUGUUGCACAAGGUGGACGUUUAGGAAAUCAAAUGUGGGAAUAUGCCUCAACAUGGGCUGUAGCCCGUAGGACUGGUUUAGAGCCUUAUAUUCCCCGUUGUAUAUAUAAGGUGCUGGAUGAAGUAUUUGAUGAUCUAAGUAUCCCUCCAUUGAGCUAUGUAUCACAUUGCCCUGCUAAGUGGGACAGUGUCAUCAAGUCCCCAGAAUUCUGGAGCUAUACAAAUCAGAGCAUUCUCUUACCACGCUUUGCAGUUCUACCAGAUUUGGUCCUUACUUGGGCUGAUGAUAUCCGGCAUGAGUUCCGGUUCAAACGGCGUUUAAUUGAAGCAAGCCAGAAGGUUCUGGUAACUGCAAGGCAACUGCUGAAUAGAACUACCUUAGUUUAUGUUGGUAUUCAUGUUAGGAGGACUGACUACCGUGACUAUUUGUGGCGAACACAUAGAAUGUUUCUAGCAGAUGCACACUUUUUUAUUGAGGCUAUGAACUAUUUUCGGAAGAAAUUUAGUAAUGUUGCAUUUCUGAUUGUGAGUGACGAUCCUGGUUGGUGUCAACAGAACCUCUUGAAGGGUCACAGUGAUGUAUUUGUGGUGAGUAAAGGUGGAGUCACUAGUCCAGGUCAAGACCUUGCUGUUAUGGCAGCCUGCAAUCACUCGAUCAUUGAUUAUGGCACUUUUGGAGUAUGGGGUGCCAUUCUGGCCAGUGGUGAAACUAUCCUUUAUAAUAUCACCAGGCAUUCUUCAAUCCGUGUGUCUGAACUGCUGCCAAAUUGGCAUGUAAUGUAUUAAAAUAUAAAUUUGAUUGUGAUUGCCAGUAUCCAACUUUUGGUUGUGAUCUGUAUCCACACUGUUAAGGCUGAAAAUGUGUUCUAAUUCAUUAUUUUUUCUAUAAUGUAUUUAACAUUUUAAAAUUGAAUUAUUGGCAUAUUGUUGCAGUUUCAUCUAAACACAUCUGACAUGCUGAAGAAAUUAAAUUCUCAUGAAUCUGAGCUUUGAAUGAACCAUUUUUGUAGAGUCAAUGUUUGAACAUACCUUAUAGAAUGAAAAGGCUCCAUUUUAAAAACUUUGUUGAAUGUGUUCUCUAAUGUGUAAUGUGUAUAUUUUUAUCAUAAAUAUUAAUAUUACAGGGCCAAAUUGUUCACAUACCCCAAUUUUUCUUAAACUGAUGUUAAAUGGUUUAUUCUUACUUGUAUCUGUAUAAAUAUUAAAUUGUACGUAUAUUACAGAAUAA